AUGAUGACGGAGGUGCACGCGCGACGCGACACCGCGAGCGACGUGCGCACGUACAACUUCACCUCCGUCCUCGACUCGCCUCCUUUCACCACGUAUGAGAUCGCCAUCCUCCUGCCGCUCCGCUGCACCGAGGAGUUCCCGGUCGACGUCUGGGUCGACAGCGUGAACGCCAGCUUCGCGACUCUGAACGCGAAGCUCUUCAUCGGGGUAGACGAGGACGACGCGGGAUGGGCGGCGUGCGAACGCGCGCUCAACUCGAAGCUCACGUUGGCCGUGCCGUACGAGGUGAAGAUGUUCCCGCCCGCAAAGCCCGCGAUCAUCUGCCCCAUCUGGGCGAGCCUCGCCCUCAAGGCCUACCGCUUGGGCUGCUCCUAUUUUGUCCUGUGGGGCGAUGACGUCCGCGUCGACCCGGCCGACUGGUUCACCCAAAUGGUCCAGCCGACGCUCGGGCCGGCUGACCUUGGCUGCGUCGCGCCGAUCGACGUCAACGAUCCCAGCGUCACCACGUUCCCAAUCGUCACCCGCGCGCACUUUGACGUCUUCGGCCGUCUCUUCUCGCCGCGCUUCAUCAAUCAGGAUGCUGACCCGUACCUCUUCGAGCUCUAUCGCCGUGUCGGCCGCGCGAGCGUCCUCACCGACGCGCGGGUGACCAAUCUCCGAGGUGGCGCCGCCGCGUGGCCGGUGGAAGACGCCAAUCCUCGCUACGAGCGCCAGCCUCUCGCGAGCUGGAAGCAGGAGUGCCUCGCGCCAGACGCGCAGCAGCUCAUCAAGGUCAUCGGCUCGCCCGCGGCUCCUUUCGUGACGAUCGACGUGGUGGUGCCGAGCUUCCGCACACCAUGCGAGCUGCUGUGGCGCAUGACGAGCCUACACGACCCGCCGGGCUGCUCAGUCAAGUACAUCAUCGUCGUGGACAACCCCUCCGCGCCCAACCUGAACGAGAUCCUCAAGCUUCAGAGCGAACGAGUCCGUGUCCGUGUCAACCCCGAGAACGUCGGUGCGUCCUCCUCGCGCUCGCGCGGCCUCGCCGAGGCGUGCGCGGAGUGGGUGCUCUUCUUCGAUGACGACGUCGAGGUCACGCAAGCCUGCCUCAACGCGUACGCCCUCGCGGCCGCCGACCGCGGCGCAAAGUACUCGGGGUUUGUCGGCUCGACGAUCCUGCCGCCGGUGGCCAACCUCCUUCACGAGGCGACUCGGCUGAGUGACAUCACGUUCUUCUACAACCUGCCCAAGUGGAUGGGCGAGACUGUCCCGUGGGGCGUGACAGCGAAUAUCAUGGUGCGCCGCGUCGAUGACCUUGAGUUCGACACCGUGUAUGCCAAGACGGGCGGAGGUGAGGACGUCGACUACUGCGUCGAGCUCGUGCACGCGCUCAAGCUGCCCCUCGGCCGCGUCGUCGAGGCGAAGGUGAUCCACGAUUGGUGGCCGUGCACCGACGGCCGCGCGCUCGCCUACCUGCACCGCUUCUGGAAGUGGACGAUGGGUGAUGGCUAUCUGCUGUACAAGCACCCGCAGUAUGUCUACAUCUCCUUCCCGAACGUCGUCGAGCUCAGCCUCGCCCUCGUGCUCACCGCGGGCUGGCUCGUGCCGUGCAUCCUCGUGCUCCGUCUCCUCGGCGCGAUCUGGAUUAUCGAGGUCGGCUGUGAGACGAUCCGCGCGCUGCAGGGGCCCGAGGCGCGGCACCUAAAGGCGACGGACCGGCUCAUCGCGGCGUUCCUGUCGUUCCUCGUCAAGAACGUCGUCGACGCGGGCCACCUCACCUUCCACCUCAUCCACAUGCGACCGGCCUUUGUGCUCCACCGCUUCGACUUCUUCCUUGGCCGCCACGGCCUUCCCGCCAUCGAGCGGCGCAAGUUCGCCCAGCGCAACGCGCUGUGGAUCGCCGCCAUGGCCCUCACGAUGCGCUCGUGA